AUGAAGGCAAGCGUUGUGUAUUUUGCAGUGAUGUGCGCAUUUGUGCACUAUGUCAAUGCGCAGGAUGAUACACGUGUGGAUUGCACCAAACCGCCACGUUAUAUUCCUCUACACACGUGCUGUCCAGUGCCUGUCCUCAUCACCGAUGAACUAAUGCAUCAAUGCGCCCAAUUCGCCGAACCGCCACCACCGUCACCACCGCCACCGAUGAAAAUGAGCAAAAUUGUGCCCCCACCAAGGCCGCGUGGAGGUCCAAAAAUAAGUGGGCGCCCGCUUGUACAUGGACUACAUGCCCCUACCGUAGGCAACCGUUUGUGCAAUCAUAUUGAUAUUCAUAAUUUUAAACAAUUCUUUUAUUUUUACUUUUAUACUCAGUGCCUCAUGGAAUGCAUUUUCAAUAAAACCGAAGUCAUUGGCGAGGACGGUGAGCUCCAGGGGGAUAAUUUUAUGGAACUCCUAAAGACUGCAGUAAAGGACAAUGAGGAAAUGAUCGCAGUUAUGGAGGAAUCCUACGACACUUGCUUUGAAAAAUCCACUGAUGCAAAAGCUAAAAUUGCCGAUAAAAUGAAGAAAGAUCCAGAGUUUGCUCAGAGAAUAACUAAGCCUAAAUUCCAGUCCUGCUCGCCUUUCGGUGCUAUAAUAAUGACUUGCAUUAACUUUGAGACAUUCCAAAAUUGUCCAACAUCUGCAUGGAAUGAUAGUGAGGAAUGCAAUGCAUUCCGUAAAUUUGUUACGCAAUGCUAAGGAUCUGUGUAUAUUAAAAUAAUAAGCAAAUUGGAAGGCAAACAAAUCAUUGGCUGAAGAAGUGCAUCUUGUGGAGACUGCUGUUACUACUAUUCAAGGUGUGCACGGUAAACUUGGGAAAAAAAUCAAGGAAAAAUUGGAUACAUUUCUACAAAAAAAUAACGGGUUUAAGGAGCUUAAGGGAAUAUCUGGUGUGCUAAGUAGACAAAUGGCCGCAAGUGGCAGCUUUUAAGCAGGGAUCACACGGCUUGUAGAUUUGUACAGA